AUGCCAAAAGAAAAUUUAAUUUACAGGUUAGAUAACCUAGAAUAUCAGUAUCACUAUCUCAACAAUACUUUGGACGGAUUUAAACCUCGUCUCAACGGAACAUCUAAGAUUUUUAAUGCUAAAGGAAAAAGAACGACCAAGAAGGUAGCAAAAACACUACAAAUGGCUACUCUCGAAAGCUUAACGAGCCAAUUAGAUAUACUACGCUUGGAAAUAUUACAGAAAAAAGCCUAUCAUUUGGAGAAAAAGAUUGCUUCCUAUUUGGAGAAGACCUUACAACAGCAGAGUAAUGCUUUGUCGAAACACACAAAUGCGAAAAAUGAGACAAAGCGUAACACCUUGGCUGUAAUUGAGAGAGAAUACACUUUUCCUAAAUUUGCUAAUCUUAUUGCCAAAUCGAAAGUUGCAAAGCUAGUGGUAUCAAAAGUUACACCCACUCGUACUCUAAAAGAAGAUCCUCCACAUUGGUUCAAAGAUAGCGAGUAUCUUCAAAUUAUCAAUACCAAAGAGAGUCAAUAUAACCCAGGUAAUAUCUGGAAUAAAACCGUACUUCCAAUAAAGGGGUGUGACCAACUUCUCAGCCUAACAAUGAAUUCCAAGAAGUAUAAAGAGAUUGUGGAAAGCUUUGAUAGCGGGAUGGAUUUAUUUUUGAACAAUAAAAGAGAAAAGAAAGCGGACGCUUCUCAAAACGAAGCCGGCCUGUCUAAAGGGGACUCAAAGAGAUCAGAGAAGUCAUCCAAAGGUCAACCAUCAAGUGGGGAAUCGUCUGAAGAUCAAUCUGAAGAAAGCUCCGAAGCCGAGUCUGAUGAGGAAUCUGGGCGUUCGAGUGUUUCAGGGGAGUCUCAAACGGCUAAUAUUGAUGAAGAUGCUAUUUUGAAAGCAUAUGAGGGCAUGCUUGUUGCAUCUGAUGACGAAGCAGCUGAAGAGGAGUCAUUUAUGUUGAAUCCCAACAUUAAUUACAACGAGGUCACCGAUGAAGAGCCAAGUGCAGAAGACAGUGAACCAUCAGAAGCUUCAAGUGACGAAGAAGAAGAGCAACCAAGGAAAAGACAGAAAAAGGAGAAGGAAUCUAAGAAAAAAGUUGUAUUGCCAGAGCUUAUUAGCGGUUAUUACAGUGGAGGUUCCGAAGAUGAAUUGUCUGAGGAUGAAGUGGCUAAGAAACAAAUAUCCAAUCAACCUAAACGUAAGAACAGAAGAGGGCAACGAGCUAGACAAAAAAUUUGGGAGAAGAAAUACGGUAAAAACGCAAAGCAUAUUCAGAAACAAUUAGAAAAAGACAAAGAGGAGAAACAACAAAGACAGAUUGAAUACGAAGAAAGAGUAGCCAAGCGAGCUGCCAAGGCCAAGGCCCUCGAGGAAACGGCGCAACAUCAUCGUGAAAAAGCUGUUUCGAACAAUCGCACUUCAGAGAAACCAGAAGACAAACCAAUGCAUCCAUCUUGGGAAGCUAAAAAGCUUGCUGAGGAGAAAUUAAAGAACGUGAAAUUUCAAGGUAAAAAAAUUGUGUUUUAA